AUGUCCGUGCCCAGACCGGGGGACCGGGAGUUACGGUGCAAAGCGGUGAAAGUUCGCUCCGUGAGCGAUAGCCGGAAGUACGGGGUGGCAGCCCGCAGCCUGGAGGAGCUCAUAGCGAGAUCCUGUCACUAUCUGCAGGUGCCUGUGGCCUCAGCGCGCCUUUGCUUGUCCUCUGAUGGGACACUUCUCACCGAGGACACAUUUGAGACUCUGCCUGAACACUGUGAGCUUGUGCUGCUGUCCCGGGACCAGAGCUGGAAGGGCGUGGUGAGCGACCUGGAGCGGCUGCUGACCACUGCCCAUCGACAGCAGCUGGUGGAGGCUGUGAGGAGCCUGCUGCAGGAGCAACACUCCCCACACUCUGCACCGAGACACAAGCUGCUCCGGGACAUGCUCCGGAACCUGGACGAUACAUCGGACAUGGAGAGCCGAGAGCAGGACCAGCACUGGUUUACCGGAUUGGAUGCUCGGUUUAAGACCAAGUCGUCCUACAUGAAGUUCAACUGUCAAAGCCGGAUCCGCAGCUACAUGAAGGAGGUGAGCGAGGCCUCGAGGGGCAUAGAGAAGGCUCAGAGCAGAGAACAGUUUGAACAGACGCUGGAGAGUCUGGGACACAUGUUGAAGCAGGACCAGUACAACGGAGCUUACUUUGACCGCAGGGCAGAGCAGCAGAGCAGGCUGUGCACGGCUCAGGGCUGGUUCACCUGCCAGGGAGCGUUUGAUGAAGCCCUGUGCCCCUCACUCCACUCCAUAAACCCGUACAGCAGCAGAGAGAGCCGAGUCAUGUUUAGCACCUGGAACCUGGACCACAGGAUGGAGAAGAAGCGCAGCAUCAUACCCACUCUGGUGCAGUGCCACGAGCAGCAGCAGAGCUCCAGCAUCAGCCACCAGUACUUCUACGAGCUGCUCUUCACCCGCAACAACCUCAAACUGGUGCACACUGUCUGCCACAAGAAGGGGGCCCAUAACCUGCAAUGUGAUCCGGCCAAAGUCUACAGAGGAGCCAAAACGGCCGCCAAAACGGCUGGCAGAACAGGAGCCAAAACAGCCGCCAAAACGGCCACCAGAACGGCCGCCAGAACAGGAGCCAAAACAGGAGCCAAAACAGGAGCCAAAACAGGAGCUAGAACAGGAGCCAGAACAGGAGGGGACCAGGGCCAAAGAAAGGCUGGAGCAGCAGGCAAAGGGUUGGCCCGAGGGAAGAAAAGGAGGCUGUGCUGA